AUGAAAGAUGGAAAAUCUGUGGCAGAAGGACACACUCUCAGCUUUGAAACCAGCAGGAAUGAUUCUGGAAAAUAUUGGUGUUUGGCCACCAAUGGACUUGGUGAAACUAUCAAUACAACUGUCAUUCUUGAUGUACAAUGUAAGUUUGGUAGAGAAACUAAGGAAAAGUGUUUCCUAAAAGACAUAUCAUAACAAAACUAAUGAAAUAUCUUGGUUCAACCUAACUGUCUUUCCGGAUAUGCUAAAAUCUCAUCUAUUUUAGCAACAGAUAGAAAAGCAAUAUGAAGUUUCACAUAUUUAUGUAACUCCGGUGAAGACGUUUAUUUAAAUAAGAUUGGUGUCUUAAAAUAUCAAAAUUAUACCGAGGCAACACAAGCUUUAUACAAGGCAGUGUGGUGUUCCCUUGCUUAUUUUUUGUUCAUUAUCCCUUCUCUAAUUACUAAACAUCAAGGAAUCAAGUGUAAAGUCAAAACCAAACAGCGUUGGUUAAGGUCGAAAUAAAGAAUUGAUUAUUUUGUGCUGAUUUGUAGAAGAUAAACAUGUAGCGACUUAGUAAUCAAAUGUACCGCUUGUUUUAGAUUUCUCUUUUCACGUUGUUAGACUCCCCGAGUAUCAUCCUCAAGCCAGAGGAUAAGAUUGUUACCGAGGGAAAAUUGCUAACCUUCCAGUGUGCUGCCGCUGGAAACCCAACUCCAAAGAUAACGUGGACUAAAGAUGGAAUAACUAUGGCUGAAGGAGACACACUGAGUUUUAGAACCAAUAGAACUCAAUCUGGAAAAUACUGGUGUUCGGCAGAGAAUGGAUUGCAGCCUUCUGUAAAUGCCAGCGCUAAUCUUGAUGUCCAGUGUAAGUAUUUUAGCAUUAUACCUGGAAAAUAGCUAUGAGCUAUUUCAAUUUACAGACAAAUAUAAAUUUUAUGCGUGCUUUCUCUUCUGUUACAGUUCCACCAAGUUUUACUUCGAGGCCGAGCAACCAAACUGUUAUUGAAGGGACGAAUGUAAGUUUCCUUUGCACUGCCACCGGGAACCCAGCUCCAACUGUAACGUGGAUGAAAGAUGGGAGUUCUGUGGCUGAAGGACACACUCUCAGCAUUGAAACCAGUAGAAACGAUUCUGGAAAAUAUUGGUGUUUGGCUGAGAAUGGACUAGGUGAAGCUAUCAAUACGACGGUCUAUCUUAAUGUGCAAUGUAAGUUUGAUAUAUAAACUGGCAAAAUAAUUUGCUCUGUAAAGAGCAUUUACGACAAUCCUAUCGAGACGCUUAAAAAAAUCAGAUCGGUUUGUUCAAUGCAGUUGUUGUAUGCUAGCUUUGGAAAAUGGAAUGCAGUGCAAAUCUGCAAACCUUCGUUGGAGAUCGUGGCCGUGUAAAUUUCCCUUUUAUGGAUGAUAAUGCCUUUUCUAAGUCUGUAUUUAAGGUUAAUUUAUGUUAUUUAUUUAUUUUUGUGUUUUCUAUGUACUUGUCAUUACUUCAGUAGUCUUUGAAGAUGGACACUUUUGUUACCUGUUUUUUUCCUUCACCUUUAAGUUUCACCGAGUAUUAUCAUCAAGCCAACAAACAAGACUGUAGCUGAAGGAGACAUGGUAGCCUUCCAUUGUGCUGCCACUGGGAACCCAACUCCAAAGAUGGUAUGGAUUAACAAUGGGAAGACUGUGGGUGAAGGAGACACACUCAGCUUUGAAACAAACAGAACUCAAACUGGAAAAUAUUGGUGUUCAGCAGAGAAUGGAUUAGCGUCCGCUGUCAAUGCUAGUGCAAAUCUUGAUGUUCAGUGUAAGUACCAUACAUUUGACCCCGGAGAAUAAUCAGUAACCCGUUGAUUGCAAUCUGUGUUAAUUAUUCCACAUCCGCAAUUGUCUUUGGUUCCUCCCUGACAAACUAUCACUAGUCUUCUCCGUCUCAAUAACAACUCAAUGUUUAUGUUUCAUGUGCGUAACAUAGCUGCUACAAAAGAAAAUACUUCACGGAUUGUGCAUAAAGAAUUUAAAUCCUACAGAUUUGAAUACUGUGUAUGAUUUUUUUAUUUUAUUCCAGUUCCACCAAACUUUACUUCGAGACCAAGCAACCAAUCUGUUAUCGAAGGAACAACAAUCAUAUUUAACUGUUCAGCAACUGGGAACCCUCAUCCUGACAUGUCAUGGCUUAAGGAUGGAAAGACUGUGGCAGAAGGCGACACUUUGAGCCUUGAAACCAGCAGAAAUGAUUCUGGGAUAUAUUGGUGUUUGGCCAAGAACGGAGUGGGUGAAGUUAUCAAUGCAACUGCCUAUCUCGAUGUACAGUGUAAGUUUGGAAACCAAACUCGUAAAAUUGUUUUCUUUCAAGUGAUAUCAUAUCAAUGCUAUCGGUGAAAGUUGACCACAAUACUCUUACUUUUUCAAAUUGUACACUUUUUUUAAUAUCUGAGUUAUUAACUCCUUUCAGUCUCACCAAGUAUUAUCACCAAGCCAACAAACAAGACUGCUAUUGAAGGAGAUAUGGUAAGUUUCCGUUGUAAAGCCACCGGGAACCCAACUCCCAUGAUAUCAUGGAUCAAAGAUGGAAAGACUGUGGCCGAAGGAGAUACUCUGAGCUUUAAAACCAACAAAACUCAAUCUGGGGAAUACUGGUGUUCGGCAGCGAAUGGUAUGAAGGCUACUGUGAAUGCCAGUGCCAAUCUUGAUGUCCAGUGUAAGUACAAUAUAUCUGUACCAGUUGAUCCGACUACAAAGACUUAGUAAGUUACUCAAAGAAGCUCAACUCAACUGCGAUCAAAGUAAUGCGGGAGUACGUUGUUCUGCUUCCUUCAUUGUGUGAUUCGUCUCGAAAAUUCCCGCCACCCCCUCCCCUCCCCCAAAAUAAUCAGUUGCGAAAUAAAGGCUCGCCUUACCUGCCUUUCUAAUAGGCUCCUUGUUCUCCUUUGUUCUGAUCGGUCAUUCUGGUUUGAAAGUUUUUCGUUUUUGUUUUACAACAUUCAGUAGAAAUGGGCUCUGUGAAAUGCAAUUAGAUCUCAUUUGUUUCAGUUCCACCAAGCUUUACUUCAAGACCAACUAACCAAACUGUUAUCGAAGGAACGAACACAACCUUUCAUUGUGCUGCCACUGGAAACCCAACUCCUAAGAUGUCGUGGCUGAAAGAUGGGGAAACUGUGGCUGAAGGGGACACCUUGAGUCUUCAAACCAACAGAAGUGAUUCUGGAAAAUAUUGGUGUUUUGCGGACAAUGGACUGGGUGAUGCUAUCGAAACGACUGCUCAUCUUGACGUACAGUGUAAGUAUGGCGAAGAAAGACUGUCAAAAGUUGGUUUUUUUCGAUAAACUGUCCAAAGGAUAAAAAGCGUGAAGUGCGGUCGUUUGUGUCUGUUUACAAAUUUGACAUCUCCAUAUUAAGGGGAAUUCUUCAAGCUGGUUGCAGAUCAGAGAAAAUCAUACUAAAAAUUAUUCCAUGUUCAUUCAUAACAUUGAUAUAAUUUUGAUAUUAUGUUUCCGUAACUAGAGCGAAAAUAAGGGACAGGGGUUACAAGACUUAAGACCUCUAUCCUACAUUUAUCCUCCCUCCCAAUGACUAGUCCCUUCGUAGUUCUUGGUAUCUCUGUGCUGUGCUCUGUUUCCAAUGUAUUGAUAUAUCACGAGCGCUUGUUUUUUUUGCCACAGUCCCACCAGCUCUGACCGUUACUCCUACAAACUUAACUAUGGCCGAGGGUCACAAUGCAACUCUCCGCUGCUCAGCUGCGGGGAAUCCCACUCCAACGAUAACAUGGAUGAAGGAUGGUCAGACUGUAGCUACAGGAAGAUCACUUACUUUAGAAGUUAAGAAGGAAGAUUCUGGAAUAUACUGGUGUAUUGCGGAUAACGGUUUGAGAGUCACGGCCAAUGCUAGUGCUUUUCUCAACGUUCAGUGUGAGUAAAUGCUUUAGUUUAUAUCUCACAUAGCCGAAGGUGUGCUUUAUGAGCCACUUUUUUUGUUCUUACCACAUUUUGACGUCAUCUGUGAUCAAUUAUUGGACAGACCCGCGGCCAAUUAGGAUCUAUUUGUCUAUAGUACAGUACUGCUCGUAUGUAUAGAGUCAGAGGCGCGUCGUACAUGGGAAUUACUUCACUUAUUUUGUGUAAUUUACUUGCAUUUUACACUUACAUGCGUGCAUUUUUGAUAAACAAGUAGCUUCUGAUGUGAUGUGAAGUGUGCGUGCUUCGCGCGCGCAGUGCGUGGGAAUACCACGCGUGUAACGCAUGUGUAAUGUUGCGGUAUACCCGAGCAGGAUUGUACAUUCAGUCUAAAGAUCGCAGUGUUACCUGCGUUUAAAUUUUUGCUCAGUGUAUUCCGUUUUUCCAUUUUAGUCUCAUCUGGUUUCACUACGCUACCAUCUGACCAGACUGUCAUGGAAGGCGAAGAAGUGAUAUUCCAUUGCGCUGCUAAAGGAAACCCAACGCCUAGAAUAACUUGGACAAAGGAUGGAAAUAUACUGGCUUCAGGAAACACUUUUAAGUUUACAGCCCGUAAGAAUGACUCCGGAGAAUACUUUUGCUCGGCUGAGAAUGGAGUAGAACUAGCCAUCAAUGCAAGCGCCCAUCUUGAUGUACAGUGUAAGUGUUACCUUGUAGUUUUCACCGAUGGUCGUCUUCAACCUUAGCAAUUUUUGUUAUCUUUUUUUCCCAGGUGUCUUCUGUCUGACCGAAAAACAAAACAAUCUUUGGUCUCUUUUAAACCGAAGGUCAAUUCAGCGGGGUAGAACAAAAUUGUGUUCCGGCAUGAUUUCAAAUCGCCUAAGUGAUUACCGAUUAAGUUAUUCAUCUUGAAAUACAGUUCACGAUACAGCAAGGCUCAGACCCUCUCCUUCCCAAGGGUAAACACGAAUUUGUCCACUAUCAAUGCAAUUUCAGGCAAACGAAUUCUCAGAACUGAAAUUAUAAGAAACGUUUGAUUGGCACAGUGCGGAAAAUUUAUGUGAAGAUGUAAAGAGUGAAGCGUUUGAUAGUGUAUGCUAAGUUUUCUAUGUUUGUAUUGUGUCACAGAUGCACCAAGCUUCGCGGUCAAACCAACGAACAAAACCAUAACUGAAGGUAGCUCGGUGGUAUUCACUUGCGAUGCCACCGGAAACCCAAUUCCAGAGAUUACAUGGUUUAAGGAUGGGAAGACUGUUGCUAAAGGAAAGAAACUGAUGUUUGUUACCAAUAGGAAUCAAUCUGGAGAAUACUGGUGUUUAGCUGCCAAUGGGUUAAAUGUGACUGUCAAUGCUAGUGCUUCUCUUGAUGUUCAGUGUAAGUAUAGCUUAGUGUAAACUUACACUGAUACCAGGGUCGGUACAACAAAAUAAAAAAAAUCGCAGUGGAGGAAAACGAACAAUAAUUCAGUCUGUGUCAAUCAGUACUUACGACUAUGGCAAGGAAAGGGGAUGGGGGAAUUCAUAAGGUAUUCAUCUCCUGUUUUCGAUUAUUGGAUCGGUGAGUUUUAGUGAUCCUUGUAACCAUAAUGACAAUGCAAAAACUUGACAGCAAAGCGCUCCUGAAUAAGUGCGCAUCGGCAAACUGUUAGAGUGUUCCCUGAAGUUGAUUAGCAUCGUGGGCGAAAAAAUUAGAAAGAAUCCAUCAAGACGUUAGCCACGUCAGCUGGAAUUUCCAUUAUCUUGAUAAUGUUGUUCCGGAUAACCGAACUCCGCCGAACUUACUUUACGUAAUUUGCAGUUCCACCAAGUUUCACAGCAACACCAAGCGAUCUGACUGUUCGAGAAGAUAGUGAAGCAAGAUUCCAUUGUUCUGCCUCUGGUAAUCCAACCCCUGAGAUAACAUGGAUGAAAGAUGGGAAGACUGUGGCUCAAGGAGGUGUGCUGAGGUUUUCCGCCAAACGAAAUCAGUCUGGGGAAUAUCAAUGUUCAGCAGAUAAUGGACUAGGUGUGAAUAUCACCGCUAGUGCCUCUCUUGAUGUACAAUGUAAGUUGACGUAACACGUUUGUCAAUUUUGGACAAAGAUUAAACAUGUCAGUGAUGCAAACCAUGCUUCAUGCUAAAAAUUUAAAUAAUAUGUGAGGCCACAAGGCGACAAGAAUAUAGAAAGUACCAUCUAUGUGAUAUUGUCUUUCACGUAAGAGCAAUUUCUCGUAAUCGACAUCUUUGGAAAUGCUUGAGAUAAAGUAAAGAAAAUACGCGAAUUAUUCUACUUUUGAUUUCCUUUUUAACCUUUUCCUGCUACGUUUAUACUUCAUGUCAACGAUCUCUUUAUGAUUUUCAUUUAUCAUUUGCUUUUAUUUAAUUUCUACUUGGAGUUUUUCUAUUUGAGAUCCACACAGCAUAGGACAGAACACAAAAGAAAGAUAAAUGAGUCUUUGAAGGUGUAAAUGCUAAAUCAUAAAGUUAGGAAUUGGAAUUGAAAGUACUGCUUAACGGUAUAACUGCCCAUUUUGUUAUCUCUUUUUUUAUUCAGUUGAACCAAGUUUAAUCACAACACCAGAUGAUCAGACAGUUAUCGAGGGAACUAAGGCAACAUUCCACUGCAAUGCCUCUGGGAACCCAUCUCCAAAGAUAACGUGGUCAAAAGAUGGUAAGAUUCUGACUGAGGGAGAAACUCUAAGCUUUGAAGCAAACAGGAAUCAAUCUGGAGAUUACUGGUGUUCAGCAGAGAAUGGAUUAAGUGUGACUGUCAAUGCCAGUGCUCAUCUUGAUGUUCAAUGUAAGUAUAGCGUGGUGAGACACUACUGUUGCCGAGAUCACUGAAAAAUAGAAAACAAAUAACAACGAAGAAAAACAAAUAAUAAUUCAUCGAAAAUCAUUUGUUUUAAUCAGAGCUUACGAACAAAGUAAGCAAAGGUGACGGAGAAUAAAGGAGGUAUUCAUCCCUUAUUUUCGAUAAUCAGAUUGGACAGUUCCAUUGACUCCGGAAACAGUAAUGGCAACGAAAAACAUUUGAAAUAAGUAACUCCUAAAUUAAUGUGUACAGUGAAAUUACGUAAGGGUCCCUUACAGUUCUCUAGUACUUCAUCCAGGGGGGGGGGGAGGCUAAACGCUUCAUGGUGUGCCAUUAGGCGAGAUCAUUCUGUACUGCUGUAUAUUUUAAUAAUUAAAAAAAAAUGUAACGCGAUAUUAACCUCGUUCCACGAAUCCUCAUCGUCUUGACAAUAUAAAACCAAAUGGCCGAGCUCCUUCGAAUAUAUUUUAUGAAAUUUGCAGUCCUACCAAGUUUUACAUCAACACCAAGCAAUCUGACUGUUCGAGAAGAUAGUGAAGCAAUAUUUCUUUGCACUGCCACUGGAAACCCAACUCCUACGAUAACAUGGAUGAAAGAUGGGAAGACUUUGGGUCAAGGAGAUGAGCUGAGGUUUUCUGCCAAACGAAAUCAGUCUGGGGAAUAUCGAUGUUCAGCAGAUAAUGGACUGGGUGUAAAUAUCACUGCAAGCGCCUCACUUGAUGUACAGUGUAAGUUUACGUAACACGUUUGUUAAUUUUGGACAAAGAUUAAACAUGUCAGUGAUGCAAACCAUGCUUCAUGCUAAAAAUUCCCCUAUUUUUAUUUAGUUGAACCAAGGUUAAUCACAACACCAGAUGAUCAGACAGUUAUCGAGGGAACCAAGGCAACAUUCCACUGCAAUGCCUCUGGGAACCCAUCUCCAAAGAUAACUUGGUCAAAAGAUGGUAAGACUCUGACUGAAGGGGAAACUCUGAGCUUUGAAGCGAACAGGAAUCAAUCUGGAGAGUACUGGUGUUCAGUAGAGAAUGGAUUAAGUGUGACUGUCAAUGCCAGUGCCCAUUUUGAUGUUCAGUGUAAGUAUAAUGUGGUGCUGCGCUACUAUUGCCGGGUUCAUUGAAACAAAGAAAAAAAAUGCCAGUGAGGUAACCGAAUAAUAAUUAUGUCGGUAAUGUACGGAGUCGAACAGUGCUUACGACCGAAGCAAGCAAAGGUGAUAAGUCGUGUAGAGGGUCUUCAUCCCUUGUGUUCGAUAAUCGGAUUGGUCAGUUCCAGUGACCCAAGAAACAGUCAUCGCAACGAAAUACAUGUGACAACGUGUAACUCCUUAAUCAAUGUGUGCAUUCAUAUUAUGUAAGGGCACCCUACAGUUGAAUAGUAUUUCAUCCGGGGGGAGGCUAAACGCUUCAUGCUGUGGAUUUCUCGAUAAGCUUUAGUGGGUUUAAUCACUUUGCCCAUGGACGGAAUCACUUUGCACUGCCCUAUAUUUUAAAAGUUAAAAAAAUGUUUCGCUACACUUACCUCUUUUCUCGAAUCCUCAUCGUCAUGACAAUGUUAAACCAGAUGGCCGAACUUCUUCGAAUAUAUUUUGUGAAAUUUGCAGUCCUACCAAGUUUUACAUCAAAACCAAGCGAUCUGACUGUUCGAGAAGAUAGUGAAGCAAUAUUUCUUUGUACUGCCACUGGGAACCCAACUCCUACGAUUACAUGGAUGAAAGAUGGGAAGACUGUGGGUCUAGGAGAUGAGCUGAGGUUUACUGCCAAACGAAAUCAGUCUGGGGAAUAUCGAUGUUCAGCAGAUAAUGGACUGAGUAUAAAUAUCACUGCUAGUGCCUCACUUGAUGUACAGUGUAAGUUGACGUAAAACGUUUGGCAAUUUUGGAUGAAGAUUAAACAUGUCAGUGAUGCAAACCAUACUUAGUGCUGAAAGUUGUUGUUUUUUAUUUAGUUGAACCAAGUUUAAUCACAACACCAGAUGAUCAGAUAGUUAUCGAGGGAACCAAAGUAACAUUCCUCUGCAAUGCCUCCGGGAACCCAUCUCCAAAGAUAACUUGGUCAAAAGAUGGUAAGACUCUGACUGAAGGAGAAACUCUGAGCUUUGAAGCGAACAGGAAUCAAUCUGGAGAGUACUGGUGUUCAGCAGAGAAUGGAUUAAGUGUGACUGUCAAUGCCAGUGCCCAUCUUGAUGUUCAGUGUAAGUAUAGCUUGAUGCAGCGCUACUAUAGUGAAAUAAAUUAAACAAAUAACAGUGAAGUAAACGAACAAUAAUUCUGUCGAAAAUCAACGGAGUCGAACAGUGCUAACGAGAAAAGUAAGCAAAGGUGAUGAGUAGUGUAGAUGGUCUUCAUCCCUUGUGUUCGAUAAUCAGAUUGGUUAGUUCCAGUGACCCAAGAAACAGUAAUCACAGCGAAAGAACUGGUCAACAAGGAACUCUUAAACCAGUGUGUGCCGGCGAAUUGCGUAAUGUGACCCCACAGUUGACCAACAUUUCAUCUGGUAGAGAGACUGUUAAGCUUCGUGCUGCGGAGACCUGGAUAAGCUUUAUCGAGGUCGAUCACUUGGCCCAUAGGCGAAACCAUUCAGCAGUAACUUAAAUGUAAAAAAAAUUAAAAGAAUGUAACUUGACUCCAACGUCAUUUCUAGAAUCCCCAUCACCUUUAUAAAGUCAAUCCAGGUAGAGUAAUUUAGUGUUAUCAACUGAGUUGAAAACGUAAAUUGGCCACCGUAAAUACUUUAAAGGCUGAAGUUUCGAGCGUUAGCCCUUCGUCAGAGCGAUGGACGAAGAAGCUUUGACAAAGAGCUAACGCUCGAAACGACAGCCUUUAAAGUCUUUACGGUGGCUAAUUUACGUUUUCAACUCAGCUGAUAACACUAAAUUACCCUGUUAAACUCUCCCACCGACGCAGCACCACAGUUUCUCUAGAAACUUAACCCCUCUUAUCGAUUCAGACAGACUCCGCCGAAUCUUUUUUUCAUAUAUAAUUUGCAGUUCCACCAAGUUUUACAACAACACCAAGCGAUCUUACUGUGCAAGAAGAUAAUGAAGCAAGAUUCCAUUGCUCAGCUAUUGGGAACCCGCCUCCAACGAUAACAUGGAUGAAAGAUGGGAAGACUGUGGCUCAAGGAGAUGAACUGAGUUUUACUGCUAAACGAAAUCAGUCUGGGGAAUAUCGAUGUUCAGCAGAUAAUGGACUGGGUGUGAAUAUCACUGCUAGUGCCUCUCUUGAUGUACAAUGUAAGUUUACGUGACACUUCAUUUUGGAAAUUUGCCCAAAAGAGCAAACAAAUCAGUGAAGCAAACUACGCUUUAUGCUAAGAAUUGCGAUGAAAUGUGACGCCAAACGGCGACAAGAAUCUGUAAUUGGUAUUUGAUAAUGUCUUGGAUAUAAAGACAACUUGUCUUAACUGGGGUCUUUGUAAAUGCGUGGAAUUAAGUCAGGAAAUAGGAAACUCAUUCUAUGUUUGAGUUCUUUUGAUUCUUUUUGUCGCGUUAACUUUUCAUCCCAACCAUUACUUUACGAUUUUCAUCAAUCAAUUAUUAAAGAUUUUUGAUUUGAGUGCCACACGGCAAAACACCUAAUCCAAAAGCUAGAGAGAGGAGCCCCCAGAGACCUGAAUCCUAAAUUUUAAAGCCAGGAUAUUGUUAGCAUUGAAAGUAUUUUGGGAAGAUGUGAUUGUGUAUUUCGUUCCUUCUUUAUUUCUCAUUUAGUUGCACCAAGUUUGAUCUCAACACCAGCUGACCAGACAGUUAUCGAAGGAACCAAAACAUCAUUUUUCUGUAAUGCCUCUGGAAACCCAUCUCCAAAGAUAACUUGGUCGAAAGAUGGGGAGAUUCUGACUGAAGGAGAAACUCUGAGCUUUGAAGCGAACAGGAAUCAAUCUGGAGAGUACUGGUGUUCAGCAGAGAAUGGAUUACGUGUAGUUGUCAAUGCCAGUGCCCAUCUCGAAGUUCAAUGUAAGUAAUUUUUUUAAAACUAAACUAGUGAGCAGCACUCUGCGAACAGUAGUUGUAAACCUUCUUUAUUCCCCGACGCGUUUCGUCGAACUGUCGUAGACUUGUUCAGGGAGUUUUACAAGUUAACAAUAAACGCCUGUAUUUAUAAGCCAUAGUAAGCGGCUAUACAGAAGCUAAUGACCAUAAAGGCUUGGCCGGACAUACGAACAGGAACAGGCGUAAUUGUAAAAAAAAAUUGAAAAUUUUUUUGGGCAAGGUGAGAAAAAUAUUUGAGGGCCACGGUUUUACCUAAAGAAGCUUAGCACUAGUUUAGUUUUAAAAAAAAUUGUUUAAAAAAUUGUAUAAAAAAUCAAUUAAACAUACAAAGCAGCUUCAUAGGGUAGGAAAUAGCGGAAGUUUGGUAAGGAAGGAUUUGCUUUUUCCUUUAACAGCUGCCGAGGGUAACUUCCACAUAUAGUUUCUCUUCUAAAGGUUUUGCUCGUCUCCAUCGAUCGGGAGCCUGGAACAAGCUGUUGAAUUGGAUAAAAAUUGGUUUCAUUCUCGAUAGUUUUGUUUCGAGGGGGACUGUCCACAGUCUAAAUUGGCUGCUGCUUUAUCAGCACUUGUAACAUUUCUGAGGGUUGUGAUCUGGAGAUCGACAGAAAUAAACACGUUUAAACUCUCUCACUUUUUUAUUUGUAAUGAUUUUUUCAUUUCUUAUAUCUUACAGAUGCGCUGAGUUUCACAUCAAUUCCUGGGGAUCAGACCAUCGAAGAAGGCGAUGAAGCAACAUUCAAAUGUAGCGCUAGUGGGAACCCAGCUCCAGAAAUUACAUGGAUAAAGGAUAGGAAGACUGUGGGCUUGGGAGAGACCUUGCGGCUUACAUCAGUUGACAGGAACCAAUCAGGAGAAUACGUGUGUUCAGUUGAUAAUGUAUUGGGUUUUAAUAUCGUUACCAGCGCCAAACUUGAUGUGCAAUGUAAGUUGAGAAAUUACGCAGUACUGUGAAAAUGUGACGCAUACUGUGUCCUUGGAGUUAAGUGCUUUGCUCUUCCGAUAUAUCGCCCAUAUAAAUAUUGCAUAUGAAAGAAACGCGUUACGACGACAAUUUAACGAGAUGCCGGGGAUCUCUAGUAGAAUUUCACCGGUCUAUCUUAGCAGCGAAAUAUCUGUGCCAUGGUACUUCGUAGAGUAACCGACGUAUUAUUCCGGAUAUAGCAAACUAGGAAAAAUAUCGAGGCAGGUUUAUCCUGUUGUAAAUGAUACAUAUCUUCGAUAUCCCUUUAAAAAGACUGCAAGAUACCUUUUAAGACUUCCUAACUUGGCAUGAAAGGUUUUGCAAGAAAGUGCUAUUGAGGUAUCCGUGCCGUGGUACUUUAAGACUAAGUGUAUUCAAACAGAAGUUACUUAGAUUAUCAGGUCUUCUUGAUGUUGAGCUGUGUUGCUUGGAAUCAUGAUGAUUGUUCUUACAUGGUUUAUGAUAUCCACAAGUUUAUAACAACUUAUUUGUCCGGUUGCAGUUUCACCAAGUGUUGUCGAAGCACCAACGAACAAGACAAUCUUCGAAGGUGAAACAGCAACGUUCCAUUGCAAGGCCACCGGGAACCCAGCCCCAGAGAUAACAUGGAUGAAAAAUGGGAAGACUGUGGGAUCAGGAGAAACGCUAAGCUUCGAAACGAGCAGGAAUCAAUCUGGAAAAUACUUGUGUUCGGCUGACAAUGGUGUAGAUAAAUCUGCCAGUGCAAGUGCUUAUCUUAAUGUUCACUGUAAGUAUGAGAAGCUAAAACUUGCUUUAACAGUGAAAAUUAAUGAUUUCGUGCGGAAGGAAAAUGGUGGAGGAGGACAACUGAAAACGCUCUCUCGUCACCUCAGUUGAUUCACAUGCUACCUGUGAAUUUAAAGAAAACUUGUAAUUGAGGAUGUUUUGUUCCGCGAAGUCUUAAGCUUUUCUUUUUUUCAAUUUUUGUUGACUUCGUAUUUUUCUAUAACCAUUUCGAUCGAUCACCAUUUUGGCCUUUCGCACAUACGCAAACGUAUAACAGCUUUUGUGAUGUACAAAGGAGCUUUUCACUUAUAGGAGUAGAACAUGCUAAAAUGCUUUCGAUUGGUUUUUCCAUGUCACGCGUAAUGAUUCCUUUCAGAUCCUCUGAGCCUCACUACUACACCAGGCGACCAAACUGUCAGGGAAGGUGAAACGGCAGAAUUUCAUUGUAGUGCCACUGGAAACCCACCUCCAAAGGUGAUAUGGAUGAAAGAUGGGAAGGUUGUGGGUCAGGGGGACAAAUUAAGCUUUGAAUCAAGCAAGAAUCGAUCUGGAAAGUACUGGUGUAUGGCGAGAAACGAACUUGGUUUGACUAUCAACGCUAGUGCUUUGCUCGAUGUUCAGUGUAAGUUUUGGAAAAUCAAGUUGAAUCUGACUAGACUGCAUGUGGUUAUAAGAGAGGGGUUAAGGGCUGAUACAGAGUCUUAGUGCUUGACAAUUAUGGCAAGUUUUAGGGCAAACUUUUGAAAUAGGAAAAAAAAUGGAAAGUUAUGAUAAACUAUGAAUUAUGAAAGAUUGGAAGCAAGUAUGGUUUUUCUUAUUUUUCGAACUGCUUUAUUUAUAUAAGGGUCAGCCACAUUUCACUUGCAUUGCCUUGGCGAAGCAUAACAUACCAUUGACAGUAAGUCGUGGAAGAGUUUUCGGAUCAAAUGGGGACUAAGCCAGAACACGUUUCUUGAAAAUUGAGUCUUACAUGGCCAUCAAACUGCUUUUUCGAGUAACACAUUGACAGACCCAAAGGCGGAAAUACGCUUCCGGAGUUGAGCACAGUACAUUGCUGCACAACUGGAAAGAAAGGAUAAUAAUAAUGAUGCAAUCUUUUCUAUUUUAUUUUAAAGUUUCACCAGUUAUUGACACAGAGCCUGUCAGCAAGACUGUCACUGAGGGUACCAUGGUCAAGUUCUUUUGUAAUGCCACAGGAAAUCCACUUCCGGAGAUUACAUGGAUAAGGAAUGGGGAGACUGUUGCUCAAGGAGAAACAAUAAGCUUUGAAACAAACAGGGAUCAAUCUGGAGAAUAUUGGUGUUUAGUAGAGAAUGGGAUGAGUCCGAAUGCCAGUGCUAGUGCAAAUCUUGAUGUGCAGUGUAAGUGGCGUUUAUGCAUUGACACAGACUGUUAUCCACUUUUUUCAUGAAUAUACCAGUAGUAGCUUACCCUGAAGGGCUACCGAAGGAGUAAAUACGAAAAAACAAAACCAUCCACAUGAUAAGAAAGUGCAUAAUUAAAAAAUGCCUACAAAAAGUGAAUGGCAACGUGAGGUAUUGACCAUUGAUAAGAUUCAAUUUUCGUGUAAAAUUUCACCGAAUCAGAUCUAAUCUAAUCUAACUAAUCGCAAGUAAAAAUAUAACUAGUCGCGUCUUGAUCACGUGCGUUUUUCUCUGCUUGAGCUCGGCUGCAUUUGAUAACUCUGGCUUUUUCGUGGUUUCCUGUGGUUUCUGUCUUACUUCUGAUUUGCCGUCAUAUUUAUCCCUGGCCUUUAGUUUAACAACAGUCAAACGAAAAUCACACUAACUUUUUCAUUUCUUGUAGUUCCGCCAGAAUUUACCCGCAAGCCAGCUGACCAAACUGUUACUGAAGGCAACAAAGUCACUUUUCACUGCGCUGCAAACGGUGACCCUGCACCUGAAAUAAAGUGGGUCAAUGGUGAAACGACUUUGGCGUUGGGAGGUACACUGACGUUUGAGGCAAGUAGGAAUCACUCAGGAACGUAUUUGUGUGUGGCUGAGAAUGGUUUGGACGAGGAAGUCAAAACAAGUGCUUAUCUUGAUGUGUUGUGUGAGUAUCUAAAGAUAUUGCAAUUAUCUGAAUGAAAGUAGGAUUGACGGCCAUUAACGCUACCGUAUAGUUGGAGGAAUUUCUUUCACUGAUACUUUUACUUCGCAGAAAAGAAACGCGCUUUAAAUGCAGUUCCGGACUGCAUUUCAGAAUUAUGUAUGUUAGUUUUAAGUACUUUUUUCUUUUUACCAUGAAACUUGCGAUAAUCAUAAAUGAAGUUUCUUACAUCCUGACUAAUUUUCACAUAAAUCUCUUUCGCAAAAUAUAUCAUUUUGUAGGAAUGUAGUUGGGAAAGAACCUUGUCGACUAAAUAAGGCCAAAGCCAUAUCAACUUAGUUGAAGACUGCUUUUUCUAAGGAUAUCAGAGGCUAUGUUAGUGGAUAUGGCAUGAUAAUUUUAGGCAACAGUAUUCAUAUAAGUAAAGGGGGUGAGGUUCUAAAGAACUGUGGUGCUGCGUCGGUGGGAGAGUAUAAUGGGUAAUUUAGUGUUAACAACUGAGUUGAAACGUAAAUUAGCCACCGUAAGUAAAGGCUGACGUUUCGAGCGUUAGCCCUUCGUCAGAGCGAUUGGAAUCGCUAAAUUGCCUGGUAUUCAUGUAAAGUCGAUUAUUGUAAAUUGGUAAACCCAUGGGGAGAAGUGAUUAGUUAAAUAGCUUAAUCAUUGUUCUGAAUUUCUACGUGUUUCUUUCUCAUAGUUCCACCAACUGUUACCACAAAGCCUAUCAACAAGACUGUCACUGAGGGUACCAAGGCAACGUUCUAUUGUAAUGCUACAGGAAACCCAAUCCCGAAGAUUACAUGGAUGAGGGAUGGGGUAGCUAUUGCUCAAGGAGACACACUGAGCUUUGAAACGAACAGGAAUCAAUCCGGGGAAUAUUGGUGUUUAGCAGAGAAUGGACUGAGUCCUAAUGCAACUGCUAGUGCAAAUCUUGAUGUGCAAUGUGAGUACACUUUAUAGAGUGUUAAACCUAAUGCUCCCCUCCUGUUUCACGACGAUGUCAAUAAAACCCUUCCCAAAAUGGCGACCGAAAUGACAAAUUUCCUCUGUGGAAAAAAUGCGGUAGUGAUCCUCAUGAAAAGAAAGUACACAAUUCCAGUUGUACAAAUUGAAAAUUGGAUGUCACGGCAACACUUUUUUGCGAAUAUUUUACGAUUUGAAAUUGUGUAUCUUUACUGACGUUCAGGUGACUGGGGGUUUGGCGCGAGCCACACACAUUUAUUUUGACUAGCUUCCUUGUGCUAAGUGUUCGGUAUAGAAAUCUGGUCAUGGCACUAACUCUCCAUCCCAAAAGAUGCAACUAGAAUAAAUCGUUAUAUUCCUAUAGUACUGAUUUUGUAUUCCUUUAUUAUUUAUAUCUUGAGUUAUAUUGCGUGCGAGCGAAAGGCGCACUAACAACAUUAUUCCCAACAGUUCCACCAGAAUUUACAACCAAGCCAGCAGACAAAACUGUUACUGAAGGCAACAGUGUGCGUUUCCACUGCGCUGCAAAUGGUAAUCCAUCACCGAAUAUAAAGUGGGUUAAAGGUGAAAACACUGUGGGUUUUGGAGAUAGUCUAACGUUUGAAGCAAGUAGGAAUCACUCAGGACCUUACAUGUGUUUGGCGGAUAAUGGUUUGGAUAUGGAAAUCAAAGCAACUGCUAACCUUGAUGUGUUGUGUGAGUAUAAGUCAUAUGGCAGUUAAUUGCAUAGAAGUGCGGCGAACAUUGAUAAAAAACCUGAUAUUUUCCCAUUGAAAAGAUGAAAAUUGCAUUUGAGGUAAAAUUUCGAACUACAUUACAGGUAUUUUGUAAGUUUUAAGCAAAUAUUUAUAAUGAAAAAACUUCGAUGAAGAUUUCAGUCAUUCAAAGAACAACGACGACAGAAGUGAUUGUAAGAAUAACAUCCACGUUUUGCUAACGUCAUUUAGCAAGUAGAAAGGAGCGAAGAUACAACUAUCGAUCACGUAGAUGUCCGUGAAAUAACAGACUUUCUCCUGUUUCUGAAAUACAAUACAAUAUCCUCUCUAACGUUGAAAGCACUAACAGGGCAGCGCACGUAUCGUAUAGUUGAUAAAAAACAAUAAAAUAACUUUUUGGCAUAGCUCAGAUGAAUACGAUGAAUCAACAGAACAUCCCAAACUAGAUAAAUUAUCCUUACAUGAAGGCUUCAGGUACGGAAAAUUUUAUCCUUGUUCCUGCCUCUGUGUCCACAGAUUUGUUGAAAAGUUUCAUGUUUUUCGUAACUUUUCGCGUGAUUCCGUUCGUUUUAUAUUAUUUCAAUGAAAUUUUGCGCGGUCAUUCUGCGCAUGCCCGACGUUGACCGCUGUGUAAUUUUCUUUCUCGUUGUUCUUAACCAGAUGGGCCAAGUCUGACGACAAGACCAACGGAUCAGACCGUUGUUGAGGGUGCUACAGUCACGUUCAACUGUUAUUCCAUUGGUAAUCCUGUGCCAGAUAUUGUAUGGAUAAAAGAUGGAAAGACUGUGGCAGUGGGAAACAUACUGAGCUUUGAAACGUCAAGAAAUCAGUCGGGAAAAUAUUGGUGCUCGGCCAAGAAUGAUCUUAAGACUGUGAACGCAAGUGUCAAUCUUGAUGUACAAUGUAAGUGUGACUACUUUUGUUAUCAACCGCUAGGUGAGUGAUUUGAUGAAACAAGCUGCUAAAGUGGGUUUAUCGCUGGGAUCAAAUGUACAAGUUGAACCCAGCUUGAAUUUGUUCGUCUUUUUAUGGCAUCCACUUCUGUUGCAUAUAUAGGAAUUGUGAAUUUGCCUGUCUCACAUGGCAAACUGUCGCUGCGAUUUGUACCCCAGACGAGUCGCGGCCAGUUUUCGCGUAAUGCUUGUAUGCCCUAAAAUGAGGGUACGACCUUUUUCGCUUUUUAAUCGUAAUUAUUUUUCGGGCUUCACUUACGCACAGCUUCCCUUUUAGUACCGGGACGAAAAUAAAUUCUAAGCGAGAAAGAUCCGAGUGACGAGUUCCGUGUGAGCCGGGCGUGAACUGAUUCGAGAACGGGGCCCAGUCCACUCUCUGCUUACUUCUUUUGCGCUUACCAUUUUUUUUUUCUUUUUCGUCCUAGGGAACUUUUUCAUAGGCUAAGUAGAUUCAAUGAUUACAAAAAAGCUUCGGUUAAGAUUAUAUUUAACUGUCGAAGACCGCAGGGACAAAACGAUGUAUAUAUAUUUUGCAGUUCCCCCCAGUUUUACCUCAAAACCAGUCGACCAAACUGUUAAGGAGGGAGAUGAAACCACUCUCCAUUGCACUGCCACGGGAAACCCCACACCAAAUAUAACGUGGAUUAAAGAUGGGAUGGCUGUGGCUUUUGGAGAGACAUUCAAAUUUUCAGCGAACAGAACUAAGUCUGGAACAUAUUGGUGUUCUGUGGAGAAUGGACUGAAUGUCGCUGUCAAUACAAGUGCCUCGCUUGAUGUCCAAUGUAUGUAUCUUUCGCGGAAUGAAUUUUUUUAUAACCCUUUACACCCUUGCAUCUGUAUGCAUAUUCUCCAUACUGUUCUCUAUACAUUUCUCAAGGUGCUGACAAGGAGAAUUUGUUUAACAAUCAAGAGCUUCUUUAGUUGGUGAUCGUGUCUUUAAUUCUUGUGACCUUUUUCAGGAGUGAUAUUUUAUGGAAAAAUUGGAUGCUAGUCACUCGUAGCGGUCUGUACAGAGAAGCUUAAAUUACAGUUUCCAAGGCUGAAAAAGAAAAAAAACAUUUCAUUUGAGCUUUAGGAGUAAUCCACAACCAAUCACGACUUAGUCAGUUGUGUUUUCCCGCAAUAGACGCGGCAUUCAACUCUUUACUAUUAGCGUUCAUUUUCUUCUUGUGAUAUUUACCGUAUAUUCUGAUUGGUUGUUGUCACUGCUUUAGCUUUGAGUUUACGACAGUCGAUCGAAAAGCUCCCAAAAAGAAACGUUGUUAGAAUGAAACGAUUAUUAUUGAGUUCUUAUAGCCAAAGUGAGACAUUCGAGCCUAAUUUUCCAAAAUUCUCAAAGCGUGGCUUAGCCUAUUUGAAGAAAUAUAUUUUGACCGAGCCUUGAAUUAGAACCAAAGCGAAAAUCCUUCUUGUAGCUUCUGUAUUGCUAACUAAGCAAAAAGUAUAAGAGCUUGGAGUCCGACAAUAUUUACAAUAUGCUGGUCAUACAUUGAUCUGAAAGAAUCGUAUUGAGGAUAACUAUCUUUUUUUCCUUUUUGUGGCUUACCUUUUUUUUCUAGUUCCACCAAGUUGUGUGGUAACUCCAAAGUCCCACUCUGUCAUCGAGGGCCACGACGCGUCAUUCCUUUGCAGUGCCACGGGGAACCCAACUCCAGAUCUCACAUGGUAUAAAGAUGGAAUGGUUGUGGCUUCAGGAGACACUCUGACAUUUACAGCCAACAGGAAUCAAUCUGGACAGUACUGGUGUUCAGCGGAAAACAUUUUUAACGAGACUGUUAGAGCUAUUGGAAAUCUCGAAGUACACUGUAAGACCUGGUGACUUUUUAUUUGCGCGUGCGCUUGUUUGCUAGUUUUGUUGCGACAAAACUAGCAGUUAUAUCGAGCAUACUUACAUUUACCAUCUUUAGACAACAAAUUAAGAUCUUUCCCUGAUUGUACGGUAGAAGAGCGUUGUAUCAAUAUAUUUUUAAAGACACAAAAUAUUCUCUAUUUCAUUAGGGGAAAAUAUUUCCUAUGAAAUCUCGAACAAUCUUCCCUCAGUCCUGAGUAUGUCUCUCCCUAAUUUUCUACCACUGUGUUAAAGAUAAUUUGAUAAUGGGCGAGGCCAUUACGUUCCAGAUAUUUACCGGGAAGUCGGUCGGUAUAGGAAAAAGUAUGGCCGAGGUCUUGAGUACCGCCCGCGGCUGAAGAACGAAGGCUCUACUCGAGACCAAGGCCACAGUUUUUAUCUGAGACGGACCGACUGCCUACUAAAUACCUUGCACGCAAUGGCCUUGCACGCUAUCAAAUUUUCUUUAACACUGUGGUAGAACAGUAGAGAGAGACACACAAUUGGUUUAUAUUUUCUGCUUUGCCUUGAAUGACGCUGAAAAAAAUCCGAACGGUUGUCCGUAUUGUAAAAAUCUGGACCAAUUAUAAGCGGGUGAUUAGCCAAUCAAAUACAAGGAUUAAAGAUUCUGGGAUACUGAGAUGCUUCAGAAAAUUAUAGUUUGGUGUGUGACAAGCGUCCUUCAAAUCUUGUGCUCGCUUUAUUCCAGUUAAACCAGAAAAGACCCGUCUAACAAUGACUCCAGACGUCUCCGAUCGUGUCAAAUUUGGCAGCUCUGUGAAGUUCACCUGUACCGCGGAAUCACGUCCAACUGUGGAAGUGUAUAAUUUUUACCGCGACCAAUUGUUGCUUGGAAGCAACAUUAGUGGUAUUUAUGAAGUUCAGCUACAAAGAAGCGGUCGGUAUUCUUGUGUGCCCGUCAACCGCGCAGGAAAUGGAACACAAUCCUCGAUAAACAUUGCCGUGGAUGGUAAGAUGUGUGAUAAACUGUUUUCAAAAAUAUAUAUAUAUUUUCCUAAUGACCUCUGCCAUCAAAUUGGCAGGCCUAAGUAAAUAGAAAUCGUUACGCAACCCGCCCAGUCUUUUACGUGGUGUUUUUCAUUAUGAUUUUCGAAAGAAUUACGUGAACAGGUUCUUACGGGUCACACACCCCCAAAACAUGAAUUAUUUCUUUUUACACUUUCAGUUCAGAAGCCAUAUUUCCCCGAGCUGGUCCCUCCGGUUUACCUGUUUAAGGACAGCCAGGCUCGGUUACCUUGCAAGCCUGCAGGGGAACCGCAGCCAACAGUGAAGUGGUUUAAGGAUGGUGUAGCAAUUAGUUACGGACAGAACGCAAACUACAGACUUCAAGCAAACGGGACCUUGAUUAUAGACAAAGUGGAAAAUGGCAACGCUGGGAAGUACACCUGUAUGGCUGAAAACUUCUUGGGGAAAGCAAAUGUAACAGCUCGAGGAAUUUUGCUUGGUAAGGCAAAGCUGGCAACUUAUAUUAAUGGGUGCGAGGAUCUGUCCUCCAUUGAUUUCCUGAUUUCCGCAGUUUAACACUAUGGUUGUAAUUCGUUCUGCUAAGUGUACGCAUCCUUGAAGUGUGUAUGUCGAACUCACCUUGUGCACAGCCGUCUGUUAUUUUUACAACCAUUUUUAUAAGUUGUGUUCUAGCUGCGACGAUCCUUGUUUUUAAAACAGGUGUUUAUCAACCGGCUCAUAGAUGUAUUAAUUUUUUUUCGUGCUUUGUGACAGAGAGGACGAAGAUCUUUAUGGGACCUCCACAAACCCAGACAGUCAGUCAGGGUACAAACGUGGAAUUAAAAUGCAACGCGACUGCGGAUCCUUCUUUGGAGUUGAGAUAUAUUUGGAAAAAAGACGGCAUUGAAGUUAUUAGCUCAAAGCCAGAAAAUGUGUUGAGGAUCUCAAACAUCUCUGUUGAUGAGGCUGGUAUUUACACGUGUGUAGCAUUCACACCAGAACCCAAGAGAUCAGAAGACAGCGUCUCCGCCAUUGUUUCCAUCAUAGGUACUUUUCAUGAUUUGAUUUAUUGUUUUUGUUGGUUUAGAAAACGCGGUGGAUUGGAUCCCGAAUUGCAAAGUUUCGGAUCCAGGCCAAGCAGUGUCAUUUGUGUCGCGUUCUUGGGCAGGAAACUUUACCAUCAGAGAGACUCUCUCUCUCCCCCCGCCCAUGUGGAUAGGAAUGCGUAUUGACAAACUGUAAGGGAAAUCUUACGAAUCUGUAAGUGGGGGGGAGGGGGGGUGGGUGGAUAAAUGUUAGCAAAAUGUUUUGCGCUGUCCACCGGAUAUAGAUGUAUUUAGUGGAUAGCGUUAUCCACACUUCGAACAGCCGGAGCCAGGUGUAUAAAAAAGGUAUAUGUCAGCAAAUAUUCAAGGGAAAUAUGGCAGGAUUAGUACAAAAAAUAAUUUUCAUUUCAGAUAUUCUUGCUUUGCUUGAGUUACCAUUCUUUCCCAGUCUUUUCUGUCUUCAUCUUAAUAGCAGAGUUUUCCCAAAUACAGCGGCAAAUCGGAAACCUCGUUCUUUCUCCUUUUUUUUUUUAUAAGCCCGUGAGAAAAGACGGCGAUUGAUUGUACAACAAAGUUAGAUCCUGCCGCCAAAACACGAUGUUUAGAUUGAAGGUAGUUGACGGUUGGAUAAUUAUAAGUUGAUACGCUCUAUUUACUUUUUAAUUUAUCGAAUAAUUAUUUGUUUUUCCUCACAGGUGUUCCACCUCCUCCGGAAAAUCUUCAGAUAACUGAUUGCUAUGACAGGGCACCCAUUCUAUCAUGGACUCCUGUGGCCUCAAACAACGCCCCUAUCACUCAAUAUCUGAUUUAUCAAGAAUCGAAUCACAACCCAAACGUCUUCAAACUCAAACAUAAUGUCGCUGACCCUAACGUUACAUCUUUUCAAUUACGCCUCCCUGGCUGGACCAAUCUACGUUUCCGUGUAAGGGCAGUCAACGACUUUGGAGCAGGCCGCCCCAGUCUGUCAACUGCGAAAGGGGCUUGUGAAACACCCUCCGUAGGUAUGUUUUCAAUGAACGUAAGGUUGGUUUUCACUAUCGUUGGAGUCAUAUUAGGAGUCGUUAAUUACCUGAAGCGCAGAGCGGUAAGAUUUAGUGGAAAUGUAAGCGUUGUAAUAGUAAGCAGAGUAUCGAUGCUGGUGACAGCUUUGUCGCUUAUGAGAAACGGCUUAUGUCGCUCGAGAAACGGCCUGUAUGCACUGCCUUGACCAUCUCACCACACCCUAAAUACUUUAGUGCUAAAUCUCCUGCCCUUGUAAAGAUCAUUUCAGAUUUCCAACUGUUUUCCAGAAUUCCCAAUCUUAAAGCCGGCCAUGGUAAGAGCUGGGACAAACGAUUAGGUAACCUGCCUGUUCCGUCUUGGCAUCACAAAAAAGAACAACUGUCAUUUGUGCUUUUUCACGAGACAGUUCUAAUUUCAGAACCUUUGUUACUUUGUAUUGCUUUUCAUAUUAAGGGUUGAUGAUAACAACUUGUUGAAAUUUAUUUAUUCUGAAUUAAUAGCACCAGAGACUUCCCCAGAUAAUUUAAGAGGAGUAGCUGGAAAUGCAAAUGAGCUGGUCAUUUAUUGGGACGUAAGUAUAGUAAUUCGACAAGAUGUUCCUAUUAAUGUUGCAUGGCAUGUUGUAGGUGUGUUUUCGAUGUUUUUUAGUCAGUCAUUCAGUCAGUCAGUCAUCUAUUAGGCAGUCAGUCAGUCAUUCAUUCAGUCAGUCAGUCAGUCAUUCAGUCAGUCAAUCAGUUAGUCAGUCAGCAACUUAGUCAGUAAGUAAGUCAUUCUGUCAUUUAGUCAGUAAGUCAGUCAGUCAGUUAGUCAAUCAAUCGGUCAGUCAGUCAGUUAGUCCAUCAGUCCGUCAAUCAGUCAGUCAGUCAGUUAGCUAAUCAGUCAGUCAGUCAGUCAGUGAGAUGGUUGAUGUCCAAGUCUGCUAGUCACUCAGUCAGUUGAUCAGUCUGUCAAGCAGUCAGUUUGGUCAGCAGUCUCUCACUCAGCAGGUCAAUCUCAAUACACAUGUAUCUUACUGCCGUUUCUUACCAUCAGCCUAUGCCAAAAGACAAAUGGAACGCCCAGGGUUUUUAUUACGUCAUACAAUACAGAAGAGUGAAUGGACGGAUUUCUGAAUGGAGAGAUGAGAAAAUCGCCGACCCUGGAGUAAACAUGUUUGAUUUGUCUAAUCCUGGUUACUAUCAACUAUGGGAAUUCACAAUACGCGCGGGUAAUAACGAGGGAUCUGGACCUGCCAGCUCUGUGAAAAAGGCGCACUCCGGUCAAAAUGCCCCAGUUGUAAAACCAGAAAGUUCUGAAGUGGGAACGGUGUCUGACGAUUCAGUGACUUUGAGCUGGGAACCUGUCACCGUGAAAAGAGGAAGUGUCGACGGAUACAGGGUAAGUGAUGGUGUAAAGAAGUAUAUUCCAGUAGAGCAUAAACAUUUGACUCUUUAGAGUGACCAGCAUCUAAUUUCUCCUUACAAUAACACCUCUGAAUCAAACAAUAAGGUCAUGAGAAUGUUGAAAAUGAUCACAAACAAAAGAAAUUCUUUCCGGUUUAACAAAUUCAUCGUGUCAGUCCCGCAGGAAAUACAUACAGAGCAGUAUGGAGAAUAUUUAUACCUAUGUUGGGAUGUAAAGGGUUAACAGCUAACUCUUCUGUAUUAGCGAGAGUCCUCAAUAGCAGGUUGCAACAGGUGAUAAGUCCAACUUUGGAAUUGAAUUCGCCCCUCAUUGGAACCACCCACGUGAAGCACUUUUAAUUCCUAGGGUCGACCAAAAAUUAGAUUUGCCAAACUUAAUCAAUUCCUAAUUGAGUUGGCCGAUAUGUUCGAGUACAUUUAAAGUUCGACAAGUAAAACUGGGUCUAAUAAUAUUCCAUUAUCUAAUAUUUUAGAUUUAUUACUGGGGUGAACCUCUCUCCGUCAUCUCAAGGAGAAAAAGACGAGCCGUUCCUAGUACAGCCGAAAAAUUCGAGGUCAUAGGGGGCAGCAACACACAGGCUACAAUUACUGGACUUAAACCAUUCUCAGCUUAUAGUGCUGCUGUAAAGGCUUUUAACUCUGGCGGUGAAGGACCAGAAAGUCCCAUAAUUAACUUUGAAACUUCGGAGAGUGGUAAGAGAGUGCUGACUUCCGGAGAAUUUGUCGGUUUAGCAUUGAAAGUGAUCCGUUGUUGCUUUGGUUUUGCUUUUGCUUUUGCUUUUGCUUUUGCUUUUGCUUCGCUGUGUGAAUGGUGCUGUUGUACUAUUUUACUACAAUUACCUCGAGGGAAUUGCUCGCGAUACUUCAACACAAAUUCUCCAAAUUGUCGCAGCGAGAUCUUCAUUUGUCUAUGGAGGAGAAAGAAAUGAUAUCUCAUUUUCUCCAGUUAUCACUGGAGUAAUAAGUGAGGAAAACAUUUUUCGUUUCAUGCUCGUAACUAAUGGCGAAAAAGAAUGUUCAUUAAAGCAAGCUCCAUAAGCGUAAACGGCGACGCAGAUCCUGUGUUCUUUCGAGUACCUUUAGUAAGAUUUUGCGAUGUCUGUUUCGUUCUCUUCUCUCUCGGCCCAUGGAAAAGUGAAAAGUAAAUUUAGGCCAUGUACGGCUAAUUUGAUCCCCGGCUUGUCGAAAUAGUCUUGAGAGUGAUGUGUUCUACUCAUGUAAUUUAUGCUAAUGUUAUUCUAAUUAUGUCUGUCUACCUUUGUAAUUUAUGCUAAUAUUAUUCUAAUUAUUUCUGUCUACUCAGGUAAUUUAUGCUAAUGUUAUUCUAAUUCUUUCUGUCAAUGUCAGAACCUGGUCCGCCAUCAGACGUAUUCAUUGAUGCAUUCGGUGAGGUCCUCCGGAUCAGGUGGACACCGCCCCAGGAGCCAAAUGGAAUUAUCAGCGGCUACCGUGUGGGGUGGGCUGAGUACGACGGCUCCUCGCCUGAAAGUGUUGUUCUUUCUAUGGAAGAAGUAGAAGUUACUUUGCGCACAAUAUUGUUGAAAAACAAAAAAUCUGAAACAAGCUAUGUAGUGGAGGUACAAGCCAAAACUAGUAAAGGAUGGGGCCGCGGUUUAAGGAGGAAUACAACAACUGUAAAGAAAUCAGGUGGGAAAACUUAACAGUGAUGAAUCUGAGUAAUUUAGUAUUAUCAACUGAGUUAUUAACGUAAACUGGCCAUCGUAAAGAGUUUCAAAGCUGACGUUUCGAGCGCUAGCCCUGAUUCGCUCUGACGAAAGGCUAACGCUCGAAACGUCAGCUUUGAAACUCUUCACAAUGGCCAAUUUACGUUAUCAACUCAGUUGAUAAUACUAAAUUACUCUGUUAUACUCUCCACCGACGCAGAAACUUACCCUCUUUAUAAUUGAUGAACGAGGCUUGAAACGAAGGAUGAAAAUUUGUGGCAUCUCACCAUAACUUUCCGACACUGAAGUUCAAAACCUGACUGUCGUGUUUUAUCUGUGUGGCCAAAAAUUCAUUAUUAGAUAUAUACCUUCAAGACUCAAAAGGACAUAAAAGAAUUUAUGGUAAUAAUAAUUUCAUGCUCAAGAUCGAUGUGUGUAAAACUCGUUAGUCUUCUUUCUGUUCAUUCUUUGUUUAUUUGUCGAUUGUUUGGUUGGUUUGUUUCGUUGAUUUGUUUCCCAUAAGCUAAGAAAAUGCCUAUCAAAACCGACUAGUCACAGCCAAUAGGCCAUUUUACUGUUGUGUACUUAGUUGCCAAGCCUUUGAUUUGGAGUGAGGCUGAAGGUGACCUGGUUGUGAUAGAGACCAGUAUUUAGUUGGCAUGAUAACAAAGUAAUUUGCGUUUGAAAAGUAGGAAGGUAUGUAUCAUAACCAGGUCAAACUUAGCCUCACUCCUGUUCAAAGGCUUGGCAACCAAGCAUGCAACCGUACAAAGGACUAUUGGGUAUUGCAGCUAAUACAACAAAGGCAAAACCGCUCUAUCGUUUUUUAAUUCGAUUGACAAACAACUCCUCAGAUUGACUAAAGAUGGCUUUCGCGAAGGUUUUCGAACGCCACCAACUGUCGCCGGAAAUAGUUCUUUUUUUUUAAACUACCCUCACCUGGGAGAUCAAACUAAAUGAUUUACUUAACUUUGCCUCCUUACGUUUUCAGCUCCUGCCAAACCGCUGAAGCCCACCGUUAAACAGAUACCAGGCAAAAACGCGUUUAAUGUUACCUACAACUUUGCUGUCGGAGGAGGCUGGACACUCGAGUUCCAAGUUUUGUACAGAAAAGAAGGUAAACGAAAUGCUUUUUUUGAUAUAAUCGUAUUACUUUAUACCCUCUUCCCUCUCAGCUGAAAAUCAUUGGGCUGUGAUCAGCCUGCUCUAAAUUUUAAACUCUCCACAAUCUUUUUCUUACUACUUCCUUAACCCUUUAACUCCCAAGAUCUCAUCAGUAAUUCUCCUUACUGUCUGCCAUACAAUUCUUAGGAUUUCAAUUUGGAGAAUUUGAUAUUGGAUCAACUAAUAAUCCCUUAUUGAUAUUUUUCUUUAUUCUCAUCACUUCUAUGCUUGAUAUUGUGUUGAGAUUGUAAGGAGAAAUUCCCUUUCAGUCACUCUUGGGAGGUAAAGGGUUGAAACUCUUUUUAAGUAGUUGUCCAUGUUAUCCUUAUUCAGGGGUUGGAAAAAAAUCCAGCAAGAGGCUUUUACUAUACUAUGGUUUUUUGGGGGUGAAAAAACACACCUCGAAGGUGAAAAAAAAUUUUCCUAGAUAGUUUCCCAGUUCCCCUUCCCUAAAAUGUAGAACUAAAAAUAUGUCCGAAAACUGAUUUCGUCUCGGAGGCGUCUGAAGGUCUGAUAACUGUCUUUUUUUUUUAAGCAGAAGGGGAGACAUAUCAGGAGACAGCUUGGGUAGAUCAUUCCGAAAGGAGAUGGACUGUGAUCGACGAUCUGAAACCAGACAAGUAUGAAUUCAAGACUGUGGCUAGAAACAAAGUUGGGAUGAGUGCAGAAAGCGACCUCACGUUUGCGGACCUGGAGAACGCAGAGACAAAAGUCGUUGGUGAGAAUUCAUGUUAUGAUUUCAUUGUUGGGCGUAUCCCUCUUUCUCUCUCUCGCUCUUUCUCUCAUAAGAUCUUCCCAGUGAUUCUCCUUACUAUUUACCAUAUAUUUCUCAUAAUGUUAUUUGUGAGAAUUUGGUCCAAAGACAAACAGUUUUCCUUAGUUUAUAUUUUUCUUUCAUCUCAUCAACUGUCCUCCCGUCAGUGUGGUGAUAUUGCGAGAAGAAUUCACUUGUUAAUCCCCCUUGGGAGUGAGUGAAGGGUUAAAGCCGCUCUCGAUACUCUCCUUUGAGUUCUUGUUGGACACACGUGAAGUCGGUUUGUUUGAAAGGGGAGUGAAAAAAAAUGGAAAAUUGUGCUAAUCUCUCCCCAAACCUCAAUCGACUGUGAUGAUGAUUACCGCUAAGGGUUUCCAAACGUCAGUCACCACUUCUGACAACAGUCCCUCUCAGGGCUUCCCUCACCAGUACGAUCAGAGUACACAAUCAAAUGUUACUCCCGUGUUCAACUCAUUAAACGUUUAAGUUCUCUCUCAAUUGCAGCUGAGGUGAAAAGUCCAUCCACUUAUAAUUCCGAUUGGUUCAUCACAGUCGUUAUCAUCGGAGCUAUUGUUGUUCUUCUUAUUGUAAUUGUCGUUGUGGUCAAACAAUGCCGGAAGAGGCGUAGCGAAAAUUUACAUGGUAAGGUCUUCUUAUAAGAAACCCUAACCUUGUCUUACAAAAUUCAUAAGGGCUUAACAUGAGAACUAAUGUUCCAACUGUUGUCACUUUCAUAAUUUCAAGGAAAGUCUUUCCCCAAUAAUUUUUUGAUUUUGAAUUCUCGAAAGGAUAAUUGGAGGCAGUUAUUUGACCUUCACAGUAGAAUUAGGAUAACUUUUUGCGCUAGUAAUGUGUUAAAGACCUUUUACACUCAGUUAAGAAUUUCAGCCUAGAACAUUUCUCAUUUUUCGUUACAAUUAAGCUGAUUGGUGUCGAAUGAUUACGGCGUUGUUGUUCAAAAGAAAAAAAAAGUGAUGGGACAAAAAAUUGUUUUUGAGUGGCGAUUUAUCUAGCACUCAUCUUCUAUUUGAGGAAAAUGUGUAAACAAAAAAGCAAUUUAAUUAAUUAAAGAACAAAAUGUCAAGAAAUCCUAGUUGAUGGAAGGCAAUUGAAUCAAUUACUUACAAAGUUGAAGACUACUGGGAAAGGCAAAUCCAAUUGAGCGGUGCAAUGGAGGAGUGUAGCGCCUUGAAAUGAUCAUUCACGCUGCCUCAACUUAGCAAACAGAUUCCUUGUUGUUAUGCGUUGUUUAGUAAUAGAUCACGGAUGACUUCAAUAUGUGAUAAGUACAAACAAAAUGCAUACGAGGCGCAGAUGUCUUUUUGUGGUCUAUAACUGUGCAGUCCCAAGGUAACAGACUCUGUUGGUUAAAAUAGUAGAAUGACGGCAAUGGUGACGUCAUCUUUCUGUCCUGCAAUACCAUGACUGAGAUCGUAAGUAAAAACUAAUCAAUGAGCGUAUGUAAUUUCGCUUAUCAAAUGAAUCUAGAAAUAAAAUAACAGCGAAAGUAUGCCAGAGAUGAUCCUCUACUGAGCGUGUUUUUGUUAUUGACAGAGUCCGAUAAAGAGAAGGAAGCCAAUCAAGAAAAUCCAAAACCCAUCGACUUUAAACCGCGCGAGGACUGGAGAACAAGACUUGAACGUGUGGACGAAGCUGACAGCGAAAGCCACGACAGCUUGGAUGAAUAUGGCGGAGGAGGAGCAUAUUUUUCAGAAGAUGGCUCCUUCGUGGGUGAAUUUGACGCGAAGAAAAGCGAUACUCCGCAUGAAGAAGUUCAAGAUCCAGCUGUGUAACACUGAGAAGUCUUAGAUUUCCCUCUACUGAGUCUUUUGAGUGUUAACAUGCAGAAUAAUUUAAAAAUUAAAUUUGCAACCGUUUAGCACCGUUGCAAGUUGAGAGAGUUUAAACUCAGAGUUGGAAGUGAUAGAUAUUUCGUUACUUUUGAUUCACAAUGCUAUGCGAGGGGUGAAGAAAAACCACGCUAGCCUCUCAAACCGUUGGACUCGAUAAAAAACUACUCACUGCUUUUGAGAUUUUAUUUUAUUUUUUGACGAUUAUAAGUUUACAAGCGAAACUUGAAAAAGUGUU